CUCGAUGUUUCAAUUCCAGAGAUAUGGAGAUCUUAAUGCGGCUCCAUGAGUAAAUUGGUACACAUUUUCAAAUGUGGGUCACUUUGCACUUUGCAGUAUCAAGAUAUCUUAAUAUCCUUCCAGAUCCUUCCUUUCCUUUUAAAAUCUUCAUUUUGUAUAUAGUUCAGUCCCAUAGAUAUGGGGAUCUCAAAGCAGCUCCAUGAGUAAAUAGUUGAAUUUUGAAGUGUGUGUGAAAGGGAAACAGUGAGUUUACAUUAGCUGUCGUACCUGCCGGUCGGGUCUCAUUCCUGACCUGUCUCGGUUUCCUCUAACCCGUCGUCUGUCAGUCUGUACUCAUCAUGGCUCUGUGGAAGAGAAAGCUUCACAUCUCCACCAGACGUAAGCGGAAAGCUCCUCCAGAGGCAGAGAAGACAGAAGUCCUCAGUGAUGAUCUGCUGCAGGUGGAGAAGCGUCUGGAACUAGUUAAGCAGGUGUCUCACAACACACACAAGAAGCUGACCGCAUGUCUCCAGGGUCAGCAGGGUGUGGACGUGGACAAGCGGUCCGUCAGGUCGCCUUCGAAGAAGCUUCCUCUGACGUCUCUGGCUCAGUGUCUGGUGGAAGGAGCCGCUGUUCUGGGUGACGAUUGUCUGCUGGGCAAGAUGCUGAAGAUCUGUGGAGAGACGCAAGACAGACUCGCUCAAGAACUUCAGCUCUUCGAACUCCAGAUCGAGCGAGACGUCGUGGAUCCGCUCUACACUCUCUCUGAGGUUGAAAUUCCCAACAUUCAAAAGCAAAGAAAACAUUUAGCCAAACUGGUACUGGACAUGGAUUCUGCUCGCACACGGUGGCAGCAGUCAUCCAAAUCUUCAACUCUGUCUAAUAAGGAAACGCCAACCGGGGCCAAAGCCGACGCCCUUAGGGAGGAGAUGGAGGAGGCGGCCAAUCGCAUGGAGAUCUGCAGAGAUCAGCUCUCAGCGGACAUGUAUAGUUUCGUGGCCAAAGAAAUUGACUAUGCAAACUACUUCCAGACGUUGAUCGAGGUUCAGGCGGAGUAUCACAGGAAGUCUUUGGAGUUGCUCCAGAACGUUCUCCCUCAGAUUAAAGCUCAACAGGAGUCGUGGGUGGAGAAGCCGUGCUACGGGAAACCGUUAGAGGAACACCUGACUCUGAGCGGGAGAGAAAUCGCCUUCCCCAUCGAAGCGUGUGUGACGGUGCUGCUGGACUGCGGCCUGCAGGAGGAGGGUCUGUUUCGAGUCGCUCCAUCUGCCUCGAAGCUGAAGAAGCUGAAGGCAUCGUUAGACUGCGGUGUGUUGGACUUUCAGGAAUAUUCUGUAGAUCCGCAUGCAAUUGCAGGUGCUCUGAAAUCAUACCUGCGGGAACUGCCCGAACCCCUGCUGACCUUUGACCUGUAUGAGGAGUGGAUCCAGGCAUCAAAUAUUGCGGAUCAGGACAAGCGUCUGCAGGCGCUGCUGUCAACCUGUGAAAGGCUGCCCACUGCAAACAGCAACAACUUCAAGUAUUUGAUUAAAUUUCUUGCCAAGCUGAACGAGUAUCAAGAUUACAAUAAAAUGACACCAGGAAACAUUGCGAUCGUCCUGGGGCCGAACCUGCUGUGGGCGCGUACGGACGGGAACAUUACAGAGAUGAUGACCACAGUCUCGCUGCAGAUAGUUGGGAUCAUUGAGCCGAUCAUCCAGCAUGCUGAUUGGUUCUUCCCUGGAGAGAUCGAGUUUAAUGUCACGGGCAACUACGGCAGCCCCGUCCACACCAAUCACAACGCCAACUACAGCUCCAUGCCGUCGCCUGACAUGGACCAAUCAGAGCGCAGGCAUUCGGACCAGGGCAGACGACCCCUCAGCGUCGCCACCGACAACAUGAUGCUGGAGUUCUACAAGAAAGACGGCAUUAGGAAAAUUCAAAGUAUGGGAGUGCGAGUGAUGGACACUUCCUGGGUGUCUCGGAGAGGUUCCUCGUCAUCCCGUAAGAGCUCGUCAACUCCUCCCAGCGUUCAGCCGCCCAUGCCGCCCUCUGAUUCGCUGAACCCUGAGCAAGCGGGCGACCUCUCCACCUCCCCUUCACAGACUCCGCCCCCCAUCAGUAGCGAUAGGACCAGCUCUGACGAGGUGUCGUCCAAUUGGCCGGACUCCUGUCUCGUCUGCCCCUCCCCUGAGGAGGAGAGGCCGCCCCCUCCAUACCCGUUCUCCUCCUCCUCUUCCUCUUCUUCCUCCUUCUCCUCGUUCUCUCUCCCUCACCCUCGAGCACAGCCCUGUGGGCGUCCCGUCGCUCCCGGUCCCGAGUCCGUUCCUCCCCCGGUGUUCACCCGCUGGUCCGUGUACAGCCCGCCUCCACUCCUCCUGUCGUCCACCUCUCUGGACAUUAACUCCAACCCUAAACCCAGUUUCCUGCACCUGCCCAAACAGGGCUCGUUGCCCGCCGAACCCUCCCUCCUGCACGCGACCCCUCCGCCCGUGUACAUCAAACCCCCGCUCGUUCUGCCCCGCCACGACCCCUGCCAUCCUAACUUUAGCCCUCAUUCUGCUCCGCCGCCGUGGGCCGCCUGCGCCUGUAAUCGAGAGAGAGGACUCAGAGUGCCUAGCACUCAGAAGAAUAAGGAGCCUUCACCUGUGAUUGGUCAAAGAGGAAUUUCACCAACAGCUCCCUCUGGUGGACAGAACCAGCUAUCAGACCAGAGUCCUCACACACUGCGGAAAGUAUCCAAAAAACUGGCCCCCAUCCCUCCCAAGAGUCAGUUUUCUCCGUCCGGCUGCGUGUCGGAUCUGUCUCCGGGUCCGUCUCCAGUGAGUCUGUCACCGACCCCUCCCAGCACCCCGUCAUUAUACAGCUUCAGUUACCCGCAGGGCGGCUCCGCCCUCACCUCGCCCGGACACAGCCACAGCCAGACAGCCACCACGCCCUCGCUCUCGUCCCCGCCGCCGCUGACCGGCACCCUGCCCAAAUCACGGCCCACCCCCAAACCACCCCGGCAGAGACCCAACCUGCCCCCGCCGCAGCCUCCCGGUCCAGGCGGUCUGAGUCCGCAGCCCCUGGAGCACGCGGCGGGCCUGCUGGACGGACUGUCAGCGGCGGAGAGCAUGUCUACAGACUCAUCAUGUGAUUUGGACAUUCCCAUAAUAAGCGUUGAACUGGACGGGAGAUCUGACGGCCCCUACAGGAACUCUGUGUCUCUGCUGGAUUCGGAGGAGGAGUCGGAGAGCACCGCCCUUUGACCCCUGGGAUUCCCCACAAUCCUUUACUCCUCCACCGCACAAAUGAGUUUGUAUAGUACAUCUCCUGUGAUCCGCAGCUCCACAUUAUCCUGCUGUCGCACUGGAUCUGAACAGACGUCAGGACAUCGAUACGCCAGGCUGAUCCGUCUUGUUUGUUUUUUAAUGUUUUUAUAGUUUGUUGUUUGUUUUCUAUUUGCCUUAUCUGAGUUCUUGCACUUUUGCCUUGAAGUUCGUCUAACAUACGUUUGAGUCGCUGCUGGGUGUAAAAAGUCAAAAGUCAGUCGAAUCUCUCUGAUUCAACUCCUUGAGGAGGUUCGUCCACGUGAUUAUUUCCUGGAUUUAAAUUAACGCGAGUGAGAUUGUCUGUUAGAGGCCGUUUGCACACAGUAAAAUCCCCAGAGUUAAAUCAGCUCUGCUCAGAGUACAUAUGGUCCCUCUCUAAAUAGUGUU